GCUCCGUGGGAGGCGGGCGCUCUCUGGAGGUGGCUGGCUGCUGGGAUGGCAGAUGAAGAAGAAGACCCCACGUUUGAGGAAGAAAAUGAAGAAAUUGGAGGAGGUGCAGAAGGUGGACAGGGUAAAAGAAAGAGACUUUUUUCUAAAGAAUUACGGUGUAUGAUGUAUGGGUUUGGGGAUGACCAGAAUCCUUAUACUGAGUCAGUAGAUAUUCUUGAAGACCUUGUCAUAGAGUUCAUCACUGAAAUGACUCACAAGGCAAUGUCAAUUGGAAGACAAGGUCGGGUACAAGUUGAAGAUAUCGUCUUCUUGAUUCGAAAGGACCCAAGAAAGUUUGCUAGGGUUAAAGACUUGCUUACUAUGAAUGAAGAAUUGAAACGAGCUAGAAAAGCAUUUGAUGAAGCAAACUAUGGAUCUUGACACCUUUUGUACUUUCUGAAGCUUCAUUAUUUUCUGGGGAAACCAUAUUUAAUAACUAUAUUUUCCACAGUAGGGUUCUGAUAUCUAG